AAACUCCUUAUGAUUUUGAACAGUCUGCUAACAAGCUAAACACGUAGCACCCGACAGCUUUAGCAAGUUUUUUUCUAACUUUAGGAACAAAUAUAUCAGAUACAUGUCCACUAUGGAGGUUUCGAUAAAGUUUCGCUGUUUUUAUAACUUGUCAUGGACGGUGUUUGUGUCUUAACUGUUAGAAAAAGUAGCAGUUUUAGUGAGGAAAGUUAGCUUAGCAUUGGUCGCUCCAACACAAACACAAAAGCCCAUCCUCCCCUCAGCCUUGCUGGACAAGCUCAAGUUUAACUCUGCUCCCUGUUCUCCAAUCUGGAAACACUAUCAAAAUGUCGAUCCUUGGACUGAAGAAGAAACAACCCAAGACUUUCAAAGUUAAAGUCGUUACUAUGGAUGCUGAGAUGGAGUUCAGCUGUGAGGUCAAAUGGAAAGGUAAAGAUUUGUUUGACCUGGUGUGUCGCACCGUCGGGUUGAGGGAGACCUGGUUCUUUGGACUCAGAUACACGGUGAAGGACACUUACGCCUGGCUGAAACAGGAGAAACGGGUUCUGGAUCAGGAGGUUCCCAAGGAUUCCCCCAUAACAUUUCACUUUCUAGCGAAAUUUUUCCCUGAGAAAGUUGAAGAAGAACUGGUCCAAGAAAUCACCCAACACCUAUUUUUCUUACAGGUGAAAAAACAGAUACUAGAUGAAGAGAUAUUCUGUUCCCCUGAAGCUUCAGUGCUUUUGGCCUCUUAUGCUGUCCAGGCAAAGUACGGGGACUAUGAUCCAAACUUUCACAAGCUGGGUUUUCUUUCACAAGAUGAACUGAUGCCAAAAAGGGUUCUGAUGCAGUACCAAAUGACUGCGGACAUGUGGGAGGAGAAGAUCACAGCUUGGUACGCCGAACACAGAGGCAUCGCCAGAGACGAAGCAGAGAUGGAAUACCUGAAGAUCGCCCAGGACCUCGAAAUGUACGGUGUUAGCUACUUUGCCAUUACUCAAAAUAAGAGAGACACAGACCUUUUACUGGGUGUGGACGCUCAGGGUCUCCACAUCUACAACCCCAACAACAAACUGAACCCAAACAAGUCUUUCCCCUGGAGCGGGAUCCGGAAUAUCUCCUACAGCGAGAAGGAGUUCACAAUUAAGCCUCUAGAUAAGAAGAAAGAUGUCUUCAAGUUCUACUCAUCUCAGCUGCGCGUCAACAAGCUGAUCCUGCAGCUGUGCAUCGGGAACCACGAUCUGUUCAUGAGGAGGAGGAAGGUGGACUCCAUCGAAGUGCAGCAGAUGAAGGCUCAGGCCAAAGAGGAGAAGGCCCGCAAGAAGAUGGAGCGUCAGAUCCUGGCUCGGGAAAAGCAGAUGAGAGAAGAAGCAGAGCGCGCGAAAGAGGAGAUGGAGCGAAGACUUUUCCAGCUGCAGGACGAGGCGCGGCUCGCUAACGAGGCGCUGCUGCGGUCUGAGGAGACGGCAGACCUGCUGGCAGAAAAGGCCCAGAUCGCUGAGGAGGAGGCUAAGCUUCUGGCUCACAAAGCUGCAGAGGCUGAGCAGGAGCGACAGAGGUUAGAGGUCACAGCCAUGAAGAGCAAGGAGGAGAAACGCCUGAUGGAGCAGAAGAUGAGGGAGGCGGAGCAGCUGGCUGUGAAGCUGGUGGAGCAGUCUGAGAGGAGGCUGAAAGAAGCAGAUCACCUAAAGCAGGACCUGACAGAAGCAAAGGAUGCUGAGCGACGAGCCAAGCAGAAGCUCCUGGAGAUCACCAAAACAACAUACCCUCUCAUAGCUGCGUACUCCGCUCCGCCUGCUCCUCCUGAAGCAGCCGACUUCAGCUAUGAUUCGGCGUCGUCACGCCUCGACUUCAAGGACUCGGACAUGAAGAGGCUGUCCAUGGAGAUAGAGAGAGAGCGGCUGGAGUACAUGGAGAAGAGCAAACACCUGCAGGACCAGCUGAAGGAGCUGAAGUCGGAGAUCGAGUCUCUGAAGCUGGAGGAGCAGCAGCAGCAGCAGCAGCAGGCCAGCAUGUACAGCCUCCCUGGAGAGGCCAGAGGUUACGUCCCCGAACCUGCAUACGUACCUCACAGCAACCGAAACUCGGCCUACAUGUCUCAGAUGGCCUUCUUUGAAGAAGUGUGAUCGCUGUUUCCAGAUGAGAAAAAAGGGCAUCUGCAGCUGUGAACUCGCCUUUCUUCUGUGUUAUAUCGUACCUGACAGAGACCUGCCGCCGCUCUGUUCGCCUUGGAAAGACUCUGAAUCUGUCCUUCAGCAAACAGACACUCCUUUCUGUGCUGCAGCUACUUCAAAUUUCUGUUACAUGCAAAAAAAACCAGUGACACAAAGGUCAUUAAUCCAGGAUGUGGUGCUGAAGUUUUGUUUUGCAACAGCUUUAGGUGACCGAAUGCAGAGGGAUAAGCCAUAACAUUAUGACUAUCUUCCUGAGUCAGCUGAUCAGUUUGUACUUUGGAAAUAUGGAAAACAGAAUAUGAGGGUCUUAUGGUGCGACUUUAAGAAAUAAGGGGAACUCUACGUUGAGGGAGUAGUUUUAAAGUUUAGGGUUGUAAUGUCUACUGUUCCAGGUAGAAGCUAACAUGCACUCAUAAAGUGAAACAUAAACUAGAUUUUAACUGUUUUCUGUUCUGACUAGAUAUUUAACUACUCCUCUUAUCAGAGGUGGAAGAAUUCAUUUAAUUUUUUAUUUUUCUUUUAUUAAAGCUACAAGCAUUCUCACUAAAACUAGUAUUUUUUUCUAGUCCAAAUAUCUUUGUCCACUUGAAAUAAGACAAAACUAACUUAGAAGUAACUUUUCAGCAACACGUCGGAGCUUCUUUUAAAAAGAACGUUUUUCAUUGGCAGAUUAUUUCACUUAUAACAGGACAAAGUCUUUUAUUUUCUCAUCAAUAUUAAGGAAUUAUUGACUUAAAGCAAACUGUACUAAGAUAUUUUCACUAAAAAAAACGCUUGGCAGGAUUUUGUUUUUUUUUGUAAUGUGUCCAGUCCAAACCCAGUUUGGAUCAUAACACUAAGUUUCAUACCAAGUAUGAAACUUAGUGUUAUGUCUAAGUUUCAAACAUAAUACUUGAUUAUUUAAAGGGAACUUUAAAAGGAAACAGAAAGCACCUGAAUCCUUCAAGCAUAUUUUUUGUCUUUUGCACAAACUUUGUCUUUUCUGGCCAUUAAAGUUCCUCUAAAAGUCUUUUGACAUCCAUUUUUGGCUCGUUGUUUUUACACCAAUGCUGCAGCCUCUUCCAGUUUGUUGAUGAUGAGGAAUACUUAACAGGUAUUCCUGAAUAUAGACAAACUUAUUUUGAUCUGAGGGAAGCAGUUUGGGUGGCUGAACAAACCAAACCAACAAAAGGUGGUAAUAAAAUCCCAAAGUCAACUCUAUAAAAGAUUUGUGGGUUUUGCUUUAAUAUCUGGCUGAGAAACCAGUCAAUUUAUUUCAGCUCUGUCUGCCAAGAAUAGUUGGAUAUCAAGCCAGAAUUAUGCCUCAGUUUUUGUUUUAUACUGAAAAAUUCAAACUUGUGCAUCUAAUAUCUAUUUUUGAAAAUAAUUGACGUUAUAUUUUGUAUAAUCAAAGCCUCCUGAAAAAGAAUUGGAUAAUUAAAAGCCUAAUAUCAAGUUGUAGUUCAUCCUCGUGAUGUUCAACAAAGGUUCAGCUGUCUUCCAUAUGGACGCUAAAAUGUAGGUUUUUUUCUCGACAGACAUAAUUUCAAGUGUUUAUCAGUUAUUAUUCAUAAUGUUAUGGCUUGUAUUCACCACAAUGCUUUGAGCAGGAAGAUUGGAGUCAAAUUGAAGAAUUUUUGUGUUUUUUAGAGGAACAAACAGCUUUUGAAUUUCAAGCUGAUUUAAAAAUGAAAGUUCACAGAGAUGCUAUUAAAGGUGGCAUGAAACACUACAGCAGUUCUCUUAUUAACUUGCAUCGCCAUUGCAGGCACAACAUAAGGGAGUGGAGAUGUGUAAUAGUGUUUAACUUCAUCCUUCAUUCUUUAUUUAUGUUGCUGUUUUACCUCCUGAACCGCCUUUACUGAUGCCACACCGAUCCCUUUUGUGUUCAUAGUGCAGAGGUUAGAUUAUGGUGUUUGAUUUUAUACUGCUGACGUUCUUUGAACUUUGGCUUUUUGCUUUGACUCCACACACUAACUUGUUACUGAGUGUGUUGUACUUCUAGAACAAACACUGCAGAAGUCUUUGAGUGACAUUGACCCGGGGUUUAAUAUCUUAAUUUAUCUACAGAUUAGAAGACUGAUGACAUUUCCUCCUCUUUAUAUGCAGUUCUCAGGAUUAAUGUUGGAGACAAUCAAAGCUGUUAGAAUCUCAUUAGUUUCCCCCCGGAGUUAAACGGUGUAGUAAAGCGUUCACAUUGUGAAUCGUAGGCAGUAAAACUGCUAAGCUGUGAAAAGUCUUAAAGUAUUUGCAUGUUUGAAAGACUUUUACCAGCUGUGGACACACUGCAUCUCACAAACAAACUUCUUGAAGUUUUGGUUCAUUACAACCUCGUGGAUCUUUCUUUGCUAGGACCAGCCAGUCUGACUUGUCUAUACAGUGACAGAUGAGGGGUCGCUGUCGGCGUGCCAGAGAGCAACGCCAGCCGUGUAAAUUGGUUCUGUUCAAAUGUGCUUCUGCUCCCAGGUUUAUCAGAUUUAUCUGGGCUGCGAAUGCACCGUCACAUUUCUUGAAGUUUACAGUUUAAGGAUAAAUGUGUUUUGUAUUGAUGCUUUAUUUUUCUGUUUUGUGUUAUAAACUCAC